AUGACGUCGUCAACAACACAAAACACACUAUGUGUAAUAUGUGGUAAAGUAUCUGGAUGUUUUACAUGUCGAGAAUGUCAAAAAGAUUUUUGUAAACGACAUGUUGUCGAACAUCAACAAGAAUUGAGCAAACACCUGGAUGAUUUAACUCUUGAUCAUGAUCAAUUUCGACAAAGUCUAACUGAGCAAACACAACAACCACAACAUCAUUCUUAUAUAAAACAAAUAGAUGAAUGGGAACAACAAUCUAUUAAUAAAAUUCGUCAGGUAGCUAAUGAUGCUCAACAACAAAUACAAAAUCUGAUUAAUCAACAUACAACUGAAUUGACUGAGUCUUUAACUGAAAUUGCAUUGGAAUUACGUAAAGCUCGUGAAGAUGAUGACUUUUAUGAAACACAUUUAAAACAAUGGAAGGAAAAAAUUAGCAGAUUGAAAAAUGUUUUUGCUCAAAUACCAAACUUCAGCAUUAGACAAGAAAACACUAAUAUAAUCUCAUUUAUUCCGAAGAUUCCACUAUCAAAGUCGUCUACAGAAAUCUUUGGAAAAUCAAUCGGCAACAUUAGAAUUGAAGAUAAUGGCCAAGUUGUCGUCAAAGAUCAACCUGAUGGAUAUGCAACGGUACGCGGCAAUGGUGAAUAUGCUUCAGGACAACAUUGA